AUGUCAGCAGCUCCAAUGGCUCAGACACCGGUUAUACCGCCUCGACCUAGUAGGUCUUCCGAAAAAGAAGCCCCUACACACCUCAUGCCGCAGGUGCCUCCUCGUCCUGUCAACAAGCGCCUGGACCGAUCCAUCUCGCCUGGCGCCGAUCGAUUUGCACCGUCGCCGCUCACAGCGGGCAUUCCCUCCCAGAAUGUUGAUAACCGACUGGCCAAGCACUAUGCGCAUAAAGAGCAAGCCCAAGACCCCAUUGAGCGGGCCAGCAGUGUCGACAUGCCCUCCCUUGGUGAAGAGGGCAUGGAAUACAGUGCUGUGGCCGCUGAAUUAGAAGAGGACGAACAGCGGCCGUCGGCGCCCGAACAGACCAGACUUGUAGGAGAGGGUUUGAAGCUUCAUGCUCCAAAACCCUCUCUUCCUGCCCAGAGCGCUAAGCAACAGGUCAUGGCUGUCACUCGUACCGACUCGGACAAAGCUGCUUCUUAUGGCAUUGGCCAGCCAAGCAAUGGCGAAGAGCGGGCUGUUUCCAGGAGCUCUACGAGAAAGCGCCCUGAAAGCAUUGUGUCAUCUUAUAGCGACCAGGGCAAUCACACCGAUGACGACCAUGGCAUUCCUGAAAUUGGUCAGCGAGUUCCGAUGAACAGGCACCUUGGAGAUGUGCAAGCACCCUCCCCUGGCCCUGAGGGAAAUAAGAAGCACCACAGCCGGAAGUUAAGUGGCCGCAGCUUGCCUCCUGGCAGUUAUGGUCUUCACGGUCAUGGAGUUGUGCCACAGGAUAAGCUUGAGAAGGCUUACUAUCAGAAGCACCCCGAGGCUCUUGAGCGGGAACAGCAGACUCCUCGACAUGAACGUCACAACGAUUUUGCAAUGAGCAGUUCCGAUUUGAAUAGACUGGUUAGAGACACAGCUAAUCGCCACGCGAGAUCUGCCUCAGCUGAGCUCCGUGGCACGCCUACGGAUGACGUUGCUUUUGAAGCUAGCGAGAAAUAUACGACCCGCAUGUCUUCAUCUCGUCCCACGUCUGUGGUUCUGGGAGAAGGUACUGGUGCCACUUCAUCCACUCAGCAGGCACCUGCCGAAGAUGACAAGGCCAUCCAUGUAGAUGAUGGGAAGAAUCCUGAGUUCUACUCUUAUGGAGAAGGAAAGGAUGAUGAAGCAACUGAAGAUUACACUGCUCCAAUCCUCGCCUCAGAUGAGCUGAGGAAAGACCCUAGUCCUCGUGCGCACCAGCCUGCAAUUCGCCCGCACUUGGAGCGUCAUGGCAGUUCGUUUGACGGAGAAGACCCUCCCAGUCGCCCGACUAGCCGCCCUCGCAUGCAACGCUAUCAUUCCCAGCAGCAGGAGGUCAGGUCCACUCCCCUCGAAGAUGUGGAGGAAUACGACCCUCUCUUCCCAGAGGACGGAAAGGGGGAGCCGGCAGCCAAGAAGAAGGAGGAAUCGGCCGACGAGAACUGCGAGCGCCGCCACUUUCCCAGCAAGGACAUUUGGGAAGAUGCGCCGAACAGUGUUCACUACACUGCUGAGGUAUCAACUCCCGAUGUUGGCGAGCCAGAGCGACGGCGAUCCUCGGCGUACUAUGCCGACCGUCCAAUUACACCUGCUCAAGCUUUCGCCCUGUAUCAAGAAGAGCUGGCGGAGAAGGAGGCUAGCAAGCGUGGACACACAUUCUUACCUUUGCAAGAUUCGAAGCCCACUUGGGCUAAUCACCAGCCUCAUUUGCAGACUGAGGUGCGCCCAAGUUCGAGCUCCAGCAGACGCUUUCCUAGUCGGGAUAUUUGGGAAGAUGCCCCCGAAAGUCACAUUCACGAGGCAGAAGUUUCUGCUUCGCCAGUAGAGCAGACGAAGCCAGAAAUCCCAGUACGGCCCACAAAGAAGCCCUCAUUAUCCCCAGAGCGCCCCGUCGUUCCUGGCCGGCCGAAAGGAAGACAAAAUAGCGGAGAUGAUGCUACUAAGGCUCGACCUCCCGUUUCAGAUAAGCCCAAGCCUUCUAUUCCUCCUCGACCAGUUAAGAGCCUGUCAGGAGAUUCCAAGGAUGGUGUUGCUGCGAAACCUAAGCCACCAGUGCCGAGUCGCCCUGCUGGUGGCAAGAUCGCCGCCUUGCAGGCCGGGUUCAUGAGUGACCUGAACAAACGACUCCAACUAGGACCUCAGGGUAUGAAGAAGGAAGAGACUCCCAAGGAAGAGGAGGCGGUCGAAGAGAAGGAGAAGGUGCCAUUGUCAGAUGCGCGAAAGGGACGUGCUCGUGGCCCUCAACGUCGCGCCCCGGCCAAGAGCCCUGCGGCAGCGGUAUCAUCUGCUUCAGAAGUGAAGCCCACAGCUCCUGUGCUCUCCUUUACACUAGCACAAACAGUCUGGUCCAUCGACCCAGAGGAUGGAGAUUUCGCAUUCAGUAGUAAGGAUGACACUCCAACCAACGACAUUCCGAAACCUGAAGAGCCGUCACCUGCCCUGAAGCCCGCUCAAGCUCCAGCGGUGGUACCGGAAGAAACAAAGGAAGUUGCCGAGACGUCAGAACCCGUCAAACAAGUUGCUGAGCCGGAACCUGUGCCAAAGACGGAAAAGCCAGAAGCACCUGUUGAGGAGCCUACGGUUAAGCCAGAUACAGAAGAAGAAAAGGAAGAAGAGGCAAAGGAGGAUGAUAAGAAGGAGCUUACGCUGGCUUCCAACACUGCCGGUGAGGGUAUACUUGAAGCUACGGUGAAAAAGGACGACGAAGAGGUUGAGCCUGUAGAGGUACAUGAGGAUGUUAAGCCGUAG